CAUACAAACUCUAAGCAGAUAGCACCCCAGGUCUGGAAUCGAACCCAGGGCCCCAGCGCUGCAAGGCAGCAAUACUCGCCACUGCCUCAGUGCGCCACCCAUCGCGUUUCAUACAGAGAGGAAAUGUGAGUGUACUGGGAUGGACUGGCAUGCUAGGCUGAAGGACAGCAGCCACGAGACCUCGAUCCCACCUGGGCUUCUGGGAUUGGAUCUGACUGACCACACCACACCACACCACUCCGCAGGGUCAGGGGAGCUCUGAUAACUGCUGUAUGGGUGUACAGGAUGGUUUCUGAAAUGAACCUGGAAUUCAGUAUAAAACUGCAUAUCUAAGAUAGUAGCAUGGGAUGUGUGUUGGGUUUUUAUAACAUUUCCUUUGGCAACUAAGAUGCCACAAGAGAGUUCUGGGAAAGGUGCAUGCCUCCAACAGACAAAUCAAAAGUGAAAUGCGCCUACGUUAAUAAAGCCUACUAGUACAAGAGCAGGCAGAAAGGUUUUUGGAAAUAUGUUGGCCUAGAUAUUAAAAGGUAUGGUGUCUCUCUUUGUACGAUUCAAAUAUUUCACAGGAAAUGUAAUAUGCACUGAUUCCUUUUAGGAUACCAUACAACUGAAAAUUAAAUCCAACACGGUCAUCUGUAGUGCUUUCACUGCUGAUCUAAACUAAAACUGUACAGUAUCUUUGCUUUUCCAUGUCUUGGUUUGCAUUCAAACCAGGAGCUUGUGUUAAAGUAAUAUUAAAAGCUUAUUUUCUGCAGUACAUCUCAGAAGAGCUUAUCUUUGAAACCUGGAGCCCAACAUAUUGUGCACAUAUGUCCUCUGGGAUGCGCCUUGCAUAAAAGGCACUAUAUAAAACAAAGGGCUUGCAAGGGUGUUGUGGGAGUCCACAGAGCACAUCUGGGUACAGGGACUGUGUGAUGGAAUAAGAUCCUGACCUCACAGAAUGGAUCAUUCGGAAUGCACACGAAGAAAGAAAGAUCUUGCAUUAAUGUGAUCACCUGACAAACAGCUGACCCAGCAUUAAAAUAUUCCCCAGUGACUGUGCUCUCCAGUGAGUUUAUCCCACAGCUAUUAUCCAGAACAGCAUUUGAAAAGCCACAGCUGCUGCCAUGUUCUUAAUGUGUGUUAAUCUUGUGCCCACCUCCUAGCCUGCAGGACCCGAAUGGUCACUUCCUGCAUUGAGAGUUGUGCGGAAAAGAGCAAAUUCAGCAGCAGCUGUAAAAGUAGCUGGUUUUCUUGAAAGUAAGGCAUCCUUUGUAAUAAAAGGACACCUUUGUACUCUGCCCCCUUGCUGUGAAAAAUUGUUCCACAAAGCAUUCAGAAACGGAAAAGGGUCACUAUGACUGUAUGUCAGGACAGUAGCCAAUCCUGAUCUAAUGUUUCACCAGAACAUCCCCCAGAUCCCCAGAAAUGCACCUCAAGCCCAGACACCCUUCAUAGACUCGCAUCUCUGCCCUAUUUCAGAAAACACACAUCAGAUGAGGACCUGCUGAUUAACUGGUAAACUGAGAUUUGCGACCCAUGUUCUACAUCACCGAUCAAUGAAUGUGUUACUCUGUGGAUCCAAAGAGAACACUGCGUGAAUUCGGACUCUUAUCAGCUGCCUGGCUAGCCUCAACAUGAAGCCUGAGGAAUGUGUUUUUACUCUAGUCACUUUUUAAUCGCCAAACACAAGAAGAAUGUAAACUGGAUUGCCUGCACUGCAAAUCUUUGGUCGUCUUCACACUUGAAAGAUCUGCAGUGAAACAAAUGACGUUAUGAUAAAUUCAGCAGAAUUUCAUUCAUUAACAGGAACUACUGGGGGGAAUAGAUGUGUCUUUCAAAUGGUAACAAAUCAGACCAAAACAUUGUUCUGUUUAGAGAUUCUGUGGGUGUCUUUCAAAUAGGCCACAUUCCUGUAUGAUCCUUAAGUUUCCUGUCAAACCAGGCCUUCAAAAAAAGUUUGGAGGACUAUUCCUACAAAAUGAAAACUCUCUUCCCGAUGUCAUCAUUCUCCUCAUAACCUUCCCCAGGCAAACUUUCCUGUUUAUUAGAGAGGAAAUUCUGUCAUGGCCCUACUGACCCAAAAUUAUAACAUUGUUUCAAUCCCAAAAUCCGACAGUAGUUCUGUAUGACUCUACUUUUUAAACAAAAGAAGAAUCACAUUAUGAUAUGACAAUAAAACAACUUGACAACAGACCAACAAGAAAAAUGCCGCUGUUGGAAAAAACAGACCAUGUGAAGUUGAAUUAUUCACAUGUAGCUUAGGUUAAAUACUACAAAUGCACACCAUAAGGAAACAACUCUAUGCUUUAAUGUGGACAUUAAACACAACAUGCUCGUGGUACAUGAAGAGCCCAAAUCAAUGUGAAAAUAGCUGAUUUUUCUCUGGGCAAAGCUAAAAGAUCUUUUUAUAUUUGAAAACCCCCAAUAGCUAAAAUUGACAUUAAUAAAGAAAAUAACCUUGAAUGUGAAUGCUUGUGUGGUUGUAAGAUCAAAUAGAAACCACCCGAAAUCCUUGAAGAUGAUGUACUUUACUGCAAAGAAGAGUAAAGGAGCCAUGUUGCCAUGGAAACUGUUAUCUUGUCACAGUGGUGUGGUCUUAUAACAUUAAGCUACUUAAGGCUGUGACCAGUGUUUUAAUCUGGACUACAGGACUUCAGUCUACAGCACUUCCUCCCAGACUCUUUUGCAUUGUUGUUUCAGAUGAUAUAGAUACACUCUGCACGGUCCUGUCUGCCUCUGAACCACAGCACCUCUAUAAAACAAUAACAUAUCCCUCCUCUGAGGGCAGAUGAUUUAAACUUGUUUUUCUUCAAACUUUACACUCAGACAGACAAACAAAACCCAAGACAAAACAGCUCUCCUCAUUCAAACCUGACCCCUUUUAGAGAAAGCCCUUUGGAGACUUUAAAAUCUAUUUAACCGUUUUAGAAAGCUCUUGGAUUAAAUAAAACCAUACAGAUCUAACAAAGAGGCUAUCUUAUCAACGUGGGUAACAAAGAAUGUUGGUUGUAUAAAUCCUCUAUCAUUUCUGCUUAACCAAAAUGAUAAAACUUCUGAAUUACCUCAGGCAUUGUUUAAUAAUUACUCUGCAAUAAACAUGACAACCACAUGCAAGAAGUUGCAAAUUUCUAGAAACCUAUGAAGGUCUAAGCGCUGUAAGCUUUCUUAAGUAUAAGGCUUAUAAAACUCAUUCCAUUUACUUCAAGUUUGUUUUUUCAGAACUGGAUGGGAUAAGGUCGUUUCUCCGGUUAGGUUUAAUUAGAUAUAGUUGUGCGAUUUUGAACAUGUGUAAUAAACUAUGCAACAUUAAACUACUGUUUUGCUACUAUAGUCAUAAGGCCUGGUUAUCUCAUGUUGUGUUUUUGUUAAAUUAAAAUAUUCUAUUAAAGCCUCAUUAGUUCCUGGAAGGUUUGAAAACGAUGGUCGUGUGUGGCAUCUUCUUCCAGAACAGUAAUGUGACAUCCAGAGAGAUCUUUUCAGGAGCUUGUGGAAAAUGUGUAACAAUGUACUGUAUUGCUUUAUUAUGUGUUUCAAGGGAAAGAGUACAUUUUCACAUCUUGGCCUCUGCUGUCUUUAAAUAAUGAAUAUCUUGGAAUGCAGAGCUCUGGCUAGGUGAUGGCAGCUUGGUUGAUAUUAUAUCGCUCAGAAGAGUUGAACCAAAUAUUUCUUGGCUUAUUAUGUUUGCUGGGAAGGAGGGGAUCAGAAUAACAAUGACCAUCCAUUCAUUUACCACUUCAGGGUCGCAGGUGACUGGAGCAAGGAAGGACACUAACGGCAGGGCAGUUUUCCCAAAACCAAUUUACCCACCAGUGUGUUGUGGAAGGAAACUGGAGCGCCCAGAGGAAAGCCAUGCAAACAGAGAAAGAACAUACAGUACAAACUCCAAGCAGAUAGGACCCCAGGUCCAGAAUUGAGCAGCAACACUAAGCACUGACCCGCUGUAACAGAGAUCGAGGGAGCUGAAACUGAAGAAUGAUUACGGAGAUCCAAUGGGGUUAAUGAACUUUUUUGUCUUUGAAAAGCAAAAAAGAAAAAACAUACUGUAGGAUGAAGUGGAGGAAAAUUACUAAUCUCACAUGAAGUUCUCAACUACAAAACUAUUAAUAACUGAAAUUUAGAGUUUCACGUGACUCCAUGGUUUACAUAUACCAGCAACCAAAAAGGAGACCAUCUAUAUUUAACCCUUAUUAGUUCACCCACAUCCAAAUGAGUGAAUACAGACACCUUAUUUGUCUGCAUUUUUCAACACAUUGCACUGUCACACCCUCAUUUUCUCUCCCAUUCUGCCUGCCUACAUACACACAAAUGCCAAGAAAGAUGCUGCAGGAGAGCUAUAAACAAGAAUGAAUAGUCUAAACAUUUACAUUAUAAACUCAUACAACGAGAAAAACAAUUACUUCCCUCUUAGUAAGAGCAUUUUGUUUUAAAUGUCGAGUGUAUCUACAUGCUGUUCUAGUUUCUAUUUCCCUUACUUUUAUUCUUACAGGUGAUCUGUUAUUUUGCCUUUUUCAGUCCUUGUGGGGUAUCAGUCCAAGCUGCGGGCUGAGGCAGGGCAGACCUGCCCAUCUUUGACCCCGUGAACCCGACAGCAGCAGACAGGCUGGAGGAGAAGACGCGCGUCCCAGCUCCACCAGUUAGGUGCAACCCAACCCUGCCUGUAGUCAGCCUGACAUUUCCAAUUUUGUUUCAAUUACACUCCACUGACAUUUAAAUCUCAAUUUUUAACGGUUUAAUUUGAUAACCAGCUAUUUCUGCUUGACAUUUACUGCAAGAGCAACAUUUAUAUUUUCCUUUCACAUGAAAGCACUCAAUACAAUUCACCUUCAUUUUUGUUUAAUCCUAUUAUCUUGCCCUUGAAUUGCUGGCUUACGUACUGUGUACCCAUGAUAGUACUGUAUGUCGUACUUCAACAUAUAACAAUAUAUACAGCAUGUAUUACAGCUACAUUGUAUCUGUAACUACAAAAUGAGGGGACGGAAAUUAGCGGUGCACCAGGGCUUUCUGUGCAAUGGGGGAAGCAUUAUGACAUCACUGCAACAGUCUGUCAUGUCAUUUCCUCUCGUUCAGUUUAGAGAAGCCUUUUCAGAUUGCAAUUCCGCUGGAGUCAGGAAGGUACAGACUAUAAGAGUAUAAUGAAAAAGAGCACAGAAAUGUAACACCGAUCAACCAUAACAAGAAAGCAGCAAGUCUUAAAUACUGCGCAUGAUACCUUUGAAGCAAACUGUUUUUUUAAGGGUCUAUUUGACACAGAUGACUUCAGGUAAGUGAGCGGGCACAGUCACUGGCACUGCAUUAUGGAAUCUGUUUUCAAAAUGUGAGGAAAUAACACACAGAAUAUCUAGAUUUGAUGUCUAAACCAUCUUUUUACUAACUGGCACAAUACAAGACAUGCUGUACUGCACAUCUAAGCACGUGCUUUAGAGAUAGAGAUCAUGCUCACUUCCUAUACUAACAAGCCACGCCCCAGUUUCUCUGAAAAAAAGGUGGAUUACCAUUCAAAACAUUAAGUAAAAUGGAGAACUGUCUGAACUGUCUGUCUGUCUCUUUCAACUGUGUCUGAUUACACAGUUGAAAGAGCACAGCAUCUUUGACCGGGUUAAUCAAAUGUUCCUUGACUUGUGCUUCCAAUGAAUGCGCAGGCAGUUUCGGCUCUGGAAUCUGCUCUUCACCAUGUGGAAAGUUGAAAGUGGAAAGAGCAGGGAUCUGAGUCAAAACAUUGAGGAAAAGCCUCUGUAUCUGGUUGAAGAACCUGCAAAGCUAUGACUUCAGCCUGGACGCAGGUGUCUUCACAAUGGGGGUUGAAAAUCGCAACCAGCAGAUGGCGCUGGUCUCCGAAGAUUAAAAUGGACACCCCGCCCCGUCUUGUUCUUCGGCGUGCAGGAAUUCGUCUUGAUACGUCAUUUUGAAGAACUGCUGGAAUAGGACUACAAAGCGGUCCUGGUUAGACAAACGGAAGAUUUACGUAACCUUUCAUUUAUAUGUUUUGAGUGCCUGAGAGCGAUGGAGGGGGGAAGACAGAACCGAGUGUCCCGGCCUCACCGAAUCAGUGAGUCGUCCAAGGUGUACCGCUGGCCAGAGAACGCGGGCUCGGUGCUGCAGGGCCUGAACGAGCAGCGCCAGAAGGGUCUCUUCUGCGACGUGGUCCUGCUGGCGGACGAGCAGCGCGUUCCGGCCCACCGCAACGUCCUGGCGGUCUCCAGCGACUAUUUCAACUCCAUGUUCACCAUCGGCAUGAGGGAGGCCAGGCAGCUAGAAGUGGAGCUGGUGGGGGCCUCCUACAUUGGGCUGAAGGCAGUGGUGGACUUCCUCUACAGCAGCGAGCUGCCGCUGGAUGGCGGUAACAUCGACUAUGUCCUGGAGACCGCCCACCUGCUGCAAGUGUGGAGGGUGGUGGACUUCUGCUGCCAGUACCUGGAGAACGAGGUGAGUGAGGAGAACUACCUGUACCUCCAAGAGCUGGCCUUCAUCUACAGUCUGGACAGGCUGGACUCCUUCAUUGACAGUUUCAUCCUCCAGAACUUCGGCACUCUUUCCUUCACCCCGGAUUUCCUGCAGAACAUCAGGAUGCAGAAGCUGUGCUCCUACCUAGGCAACAGCCUGGUACAGCAUGAUUGCGAGCACAACCUCCUCCAGGCUGCCCUGCAGUGGCUCACGCAGAGCCCCGAGAGGGAAUCGGACGCCAGGCAGGUCCUCUCCAACAUCCACUUCCCCCUCAUCCCCCGGGGUGACCUCCAGACCCAGGUCAAGCCAGCCAUGCUGUCCCUCCUCCCCAAGGAGGCCAACUGCGAAGCCCUGAUGGAGGAGGCCCUGAGCUACCACAGCCAGCUGAUGGCCCAGCCCGUGCUGCAGAACCAGCGCUCGGCUCUGCGGGUGCAGGGGGAGCGGCUGCUGUUCGUGGGAGGCGAGGUGUCGGAGCGGGGGGAGGACCUGAGCGAUGAUGUCUGCUUCCUGGACCCCGCCCAGGGCUGCUGGCUCACAGAGACCCAGCUCCCCGCCCGGAGAAGCCACCACGGAGUCACGGUGAUGGGCGGCUUCAUCUUCGUGGCCGGGGGCAGCUCGUCCCGGGACAACGGGGGAGACGCCGCCUCCAAUCUUUUGUACCGAUACGACCCCCGGCGUAACCAGUGGAUCAAGGGUGCCUCGAUGAACCAGCGGCGUGUGGAUUUCUACCUGGGCUGCAUCGCGGACAAGCUGAUCGCAGUGGGGGGGCGCAAUGAAAAUGGGGCCCUGUCUUCAGUGGAGGUCUACAGCCCCCUGAAGGACACCUGGUCCUACGUGGCUGGUCUGCCCAGGUUCACCUACGGCCACGCUGGCACCACCUACAAGGAGUUCACCUACAUCUCCGGGGGUCACGACUACCAGAUCGGGCCGUACCGGCGGAACCUGCUGUGCUACGACCACCGGGCCGACGCGUGGGAGGAGAGGCGGCCCAUGAUCACGGCCAGGGGCUGGCACAGCAUGUGCACCCUGCAGGACCACCUCUACGCCAUCGGGGGCAGCGAUGACCACGUGGACACCAUGGAGCGCUUCGACAUCCUGAGCGUCGAGUGCUUCAGCCCCCAGUGCAACCAGUGGACUCGAGUGGCGCCCCUCUUCCAGGCCAACAGCGAGUCAGGGGUGGCGGUUUUGGGGGCCCAGAUCUACAUCCUGGGGGGUUACAGCUGGGAGAACAUGGUGUUUUCUAAAGUGGUGCAAGUGUACGACCUGGAGCGGAAGAAGUGGAGCAGGGGGCCAGACCUGCCCAAGUGCAUUGCCGGGGUCUCGGCCUGCGUGUGCGCGGUGAAGCCCCGGAGCCCCGAGAAGAAGAAGAAGGUCAAAGGUCACCAGGUGCGCAGCCGGUGACUGCAGGGAACCAGGCACUGGACCUGUGGGUGUGUAGGUCACCAUGGAAAUCCAUCAAGUACAAGACACGGAGUGGGGGGGCUAUUUUUAUACAAAGCGCGUUUUGCAGUAUUGCCAGACUAGUUUUCUGCUUGGUGAAAAUAUUUCCUAAACUGCAGAGGGAAGACAGCUUUGUGAAAAUACCAGCCCUGCUCUCAGGAAGAGGAGUCUGUAAGAACUCUGGGUCUAUCAGGAGGACUGAUGAUCCGGGAGACUACACUGUUUUUAGCCCAUGCUUUUUUUUUUCAGUUCAAAGGAUGCUAACUAGUUGAAGGUAUAUUUAUGGCUUCGGUAGCAGAGUUUUAACAUUCGAUCCCUCAUCGCAGAUAUAGAGAUGCAGACAACGGUAUUUUAAUCAUUCACCGGGAACUGUAGUUCUACAAUUAAUUUCAUUUCAGAAAUAUUGCUUCUUUAUCGAUACCAAUUUGUCGUGGCUUUUCAAUGUUUGCUGAACACUGGUUCAUUCUACAUAACAGCAUUGAAGAGUCACCCGGAAUUUAAGCGGGGGAUGCCAAUAAUUUCAUCUCUAACUUUGUAGAUUUAAUGGACUUUAACUAAACUAGAAGUUAUCCCAGUCCACAUCAUAUAAUUCCAAAACCAUUAAAGAGUCGCAGAGGUUUAAUCAGUAUUCAGAACUCACAUAAGAAGGUUUUUUCUAAAUGCACCAGAUAUACACAUUAAAGCACUUCUGUUUUUUGUGA